AUGGCCCACGAGGCGUAUGUCAGUAAGUCAGAGAGCCUUGAGAUUCACAACUUCGUCAAAGAGCAUCAAGGCUACAAUUUCGGUCCGUAUACUAGACGCGAAUUCGACUUAGUCUAUAAGGAUUUUCAGUGUUUUCAGAUGUCCACCGUAUCAGAUGAUGAAAUCAUAAAGAGAAGACUUUUAAUCGAAGGCGAAAGUGGAAAUGAUGAUCGCAGAAUUACUCUAUUACUGAAAAAUUAUCUUCGAUGGGUAGCUUCUGAUGAUGUUGGUGAAGACGGCUACGAAGCCUAUCAAGCCCUUAUAGCUAGUGUUUACCAGUGUGAAAACGCCAUGGAACAGUCGUCAUUAGUAAUAGCUAUGAACUACGAACAGCAAAAACAGUAUGAGGAUUUAUAUAAGGAGAUUGAAACGGCCAUUGAAAGUGCGAAAAAUCGCAUUCAGCAAUGUAAAGAAGAUCUGAGGUCCGCAAAAACCGUCAGGAAAAAUAGACGAGAGUAUGACAGUCUUGCCAAAGUUCUUUGUGAUCAUCCAGAGAGAGAUGAGACACUUGAGAAGUAUAAAAAAUUAAAAGCUACUUUAGAACGACUGGAGAAUUUAAAUGAGGAGUACGACCGAAAAAUUCAGCUUAGAAAAACUCAAUUCCACUUGUUUUUGGUUGCUCUGAAGGGCUUACAAAAAAUUGUCGAGGAUGAUGAUUCGCUAUCUUCAGCCACAGAUGAUUUGGUUCAUACACAGUCAUCAAAGUCUAUACACGAAGAGAUUUCAAUGAAAAUGGAUACAAAUUGA